AACUUGACAGCGUUCAGCUUAGUUGUAGUAUGUCAGCAUUGCUUUUACUUUUGGGCUUAUUGGUAAUUGUUUGUCUAUUUCAGAUGACACAAAAUGGAACGGAAGCAGCCAGUAAUCGUCUGGAGUCAGAUGGUACCUCUGGAGACGAUCACCAUCACACCCAGCAUUCACAGCAUGAGUCUACUUUCUGUAACGAGAUGACAAAAAAUGGAACGGAAGCAGCCAGUAAUCGUCUGGAGUCAGAUGGUAGCUCUGGAGACGAUCACCGUCACACCCAGCAUUCACAGCAUGAGUCUACUUUCUGUAACGAGAUGACAAAAAAUGGAACGGAAGCAGCCAGUAAUCGUCUGGAGUCAGAUGGUACCUCUGGAGACGAUCACCAUCACACCCAGCAUUCACAGCAUGAGUCUACUUUCUGUAACGAGAUGACAAAAAAUGGAACGGAAGCAGCCAGUAAUCGUCUGGAGUCAGAUGGUACCUCUGGAGACGAUCACCAUCACACCCAGCAUUCACAGCAUGAGUCUACUUUCUGUAACGAGAUGACAAAAAAUGGAACGGAAGCAGCCAGUAAUCGUCUGGAGUCAGAUGGUACCUCUGGAGACGAUCACCAUCACACCCAGCAUUCACAGCAUGAGUCUACUUUCUGUAACGAGAUGACAAAAAUGGAACGGAAGCAGCCAGUAAUCGUCUGGAGUCAGAUGGUACCUCUGGAGACGAUCACCAUCACACCCAGCAUUCACAGCAUGAGUCUACUUUCUGUAACGAGAUGACAAAAAUGGAACGGAAGCAGCCAGUAAUCGUCUGGAGUCAGAUGGUACCUCUGGAGACGAUCACCAUCACACCCAGCAUUCACAGCAUGAGUCUACUUUCUGUAACGAGAUGACAAAAAAUGGAACGGAAGCAGCCAGUAAUCGUCUGGAGUCAGAUGGUACCUCUGGAGACGAUCACCAUCACACCCAGCAUUCACAGCAUGAGUCUACUUUCUGUAACGAGAUGACAAAAAAUGGAACGGAAGCAGCCAGUAAUCGUCUGGAGUCAGAUGGUACCUCUGGAGACGAUCACCAUCACACCCAGCAUUCACAGCAUGAGUCUACUUUCUGUAACGAGAUGACAAAAAAUGGAACGGAAGCAGCCAG